AUGGAAUUUGACGAUGAGGCAGGCAAUGCACAGUUGUCAAACGUGACUCCUAUUCUUCGAUGCAGGAAGCUGAGGUCCCUGGUUUGGAAUGAUUUCUCGAAAGAGCAGAGAGAAGACGGAAGUUUGGUUGCCAUAUGUAAUCACUGCAAGAAACAAAUGGCUGGAGGCAGCAGGAGUGGAACCACACAUCUCAAGAAACAUCUAGGGAAGUGUAUUCUCUAUCAAAGAAUUAACAGGAGAAAAGGGGAGAUGGGGCCGAUACAACCUAAGUGGGGUGACGCUGAAAUAGGUGAAAAUGCGGAUCUUGAUAACUCGUUGCUUGAUCAGGAGUUGGUCCAGCAGGAUCUUGCCCACAUGAUUAUUUUACACGAAUACCCUUUUUCAAUCGUCAAUCAUGUUGGAUUCCGAGCCUUUGUGAGAGAUCUCCAGCCACAAUUCAGGCUGAUGUCAUCUGAUGCUCUUCAGGAGAACUGCUCGAAGGUCUACGAGGAGAGAAGGCUGGUGUUGUGCGAAGAACUGCGCAAGCUCUGUUGCCGAGUGAAUCUCACUGCAGAUGUCUGGAGUUCAGGCUCAAACAUGGGCUACCUGCAUCUGCGCUGCCAUUUUAUUGACGACGAUUGGAGACUACACCACAAAGUGAUCAACUUUUGGCACAUUGACUCUCCUCAUGAGAGUGGAAUCGCCAAGCUGAUAUUGGAAAAAUUGUGCGAAUGGAGCAUCGAUGGGAGAGUGUUCAGCACGGUCUUGGAGAACUCUACGACCAGUGACAAAGUUGUCGACGAGCUUCUUCAGCUGCUUCGUCCCAAGCAAGCUCUCCUCCUGGAUGGUGCUCUCUUUCAUGUCCAUUCUUGUUCGCACAUCCUGAAUCUCAUCGUACAAGAUGGCCUGGAAAUGAUAGCCGAGGUCACCAACAAGGUGCGUUACAGCGUAAACUUUGUGAGGUCCUCUCAAGCAAGAUUGGAAGCAUUUCAGGCAGCCAUUAAGGCGGUGGGAGCUCCCCAAAAAUCUCUGCUCAUCGAUGAUCCGUCACGGUGGCACACCACGUACUUGAUGAUAACCACUGCAUGCGAGUUCCAAGAUGCGUUCAUCAGCUUGGCGGAGGGUGACAGCGAGUUCAUACACGUGCCGUCUUUGGAAGACUGGGAGAACAUCAAGGCCAUCAACGAGUGCCUGGGGGCCUUCUAUCUGAUGACCGAGAAAGCCUCCCCGGGUAAGUCUCCGACGGUCAAUCUCUGUUUCAACAGCAUAUGUGGAAUCCAUCUUUCUCUGAAGACUUGGAGCGGUGGCUCCCAUCCGCUGGUCUCUUCCAUGGCCUCCAAGAUGCUCGAGCAGUUUGAAAAAUAUUGCGGAGUGACCAGCAUUAUACUCGCUGCCGCGUCCGUACUCGAUCCUCGGUACAAGAUGAAGUCGAUUGAGUAUUUCUUUCGGUUGAUAUACACUAAUGGAUCAGAGGCCGAGCUCAAGAUCGAGAACGUCCUCCAGGACUUCAAGAGCCUCUACGACGCAUACGCCGUCAAGUCGGGCAGAGCGUCGGGUGGCCACGGCUUCUCUUGCAAGCUCGUCGUCGGCGGCGACGACGACGACGACGACGACGACGACGACGGCACCGGUGUCGGCAUCGACUGCGGAAAUAAUGGCAUGUCCAAGGCUUCUUCUCAGAACCCAAUGGCCGAUCUGAGGUUUGGGCUCGACCAGUAUCUGCAAGAGACUUCCUCGAGCCAGCCCAUCAAGUCGGAUUUGGAUCUCUACUUGGAGGAAGCAGUUCAUCCGUCACUGAAGGGGCUGGACGACGAUUUCGACAUCCUAGCAUGGUGGAAGAGUAAUGCACCCAAAUAUCCCAUCCUCUCAGAGAUGGCUCGCGAUAUCCUGUCGAUUCCGGUGUCCAUUGCCUCCCCAGAGUCUGGCUUCCGAACAAAGGUGCUCCAUCACUACCACAGUUCAAUGGAUCCAGUCACCUUGCAGGGACUGAUCUGUGCCCAGGACUGGCUGAGAUCCGAAAUCGAUGGUAUAUAUGUCCAUGCAAAGCUAGUUCCUUUUUUCUUCCAUCCCAUUCAUUCUACUAACUUGUUCUUAUGUUUUUUUUUUCCAGAGACAUCGUUACACGGGUUAGCCGAUGGCCUUUCGACAAUUUUUACUCUCGAUCGGUGGUGCUGA